AGCUGAACUUGCCGCAUUGGAAUCGGUUCAACUUACACGUUGCUGCAGUCGGUUGACGAAAUUGUUUUGUAUUUGCAUUUAAUUCUUCCAAACUCAAUAUCAACAAAAAAUAUACAAGAUGAAGUUCCUCACCGCGAAGGAGGUGCGCGAUGCCUACCUGAACUUCUUCAAGGAGCAGAAACAUAUCUACGUUCACUCGUCGAGCACCAUUCCGUUGGACGAUCCCACUCUGCUCUUUGCCAACGCCGGCAUGAAUCAGUUUAAGCCCAUUUUCCUGGGCAUCGCUGAUCCCAAUAGCGAGAUGUCCAAAUGGGUGCGUGUUGUCAACACACAAAAAUGCAUUCGCGCUGGCGGCAAGCACAACGAUCUGGAUGAUGUGGGCAAGGAUGUUUAUCACCACACGUUCUUCGAGAUGUUGGGCAAUUGGUCGUUCGGUGACUAUUUCAAGAAGGAAAUCUGCAGCUGGGCAUGGGAAUUCCUGACAGACCGUCUGAAUUUACCAAAGGAUCGCCUGUAUGUCACCUACUUUGGCGGCGAUGCAGCAAGCGGUCUGGAACCGGAUCUGGAGUGCAAGCAAAUGUGGUUGGAUCUUGGAUUGAAACCCGAGCAUAUUUUGCCCGGCAGCAUGAAGGAUAACUUCUGGGAAAUGGGCGAAACUGGGCCGUGUGGUCCGUGCUCAGAGCUGCAUUUCGAUCGCAUUGGCGGACGCAGCGUACCCGAGCUGGUGAAUAUGGAUGAUCCCGAUGUUUUGGAGAUAUGGAAUCUGGUGUUCAUACAAUACAAUCGCGAAUCCGACGGUUCCCUAAAGCAGCUCCCCAAGAAGCACAUCGAUUGCGGCAUGGGCUUCGAGCGUUUGGUCUCUGUCAUCCAGAAUAAACGCUCAAACUAUGAUACGGAUUUGUUUGUGCCACUCUUUGAUGCCAUACAGGCGGGCACUGGUGCUCCGGCCUAUCAAGGACGUGUAGGAGCCGACGAUGCCGAUGGCAUUGAUAUGGCUUAUCGUGUGCUAGCCGAUCACGCACGCACGAUAACCAUAGCUUUGGCUGAUGGCGGCAAUCCCGAUAAUACGGGGCGAGGCUAUGUACUUAGGCGUAUUCUGCGUCGCGCUGUGCGCUAUGCUACUGAGAAGCUGAACGCUAAGCCUGGAUUCUUUGCCACUUUGGUGACUACCGUUGUCGAACUGCUGGGCGAUGCCUUUCCCGAGGUCAAAAAGGAUCCACAGCACAUUAUGGACAUCAUUAACGAGGAGGAGCAGCAGUUCUUGAAGACAUUGUCACGUGGUCGCAAUUUGCUAAAUCGCACCAUUGAAAAGCUGGGCGCCGAUCAGAAGACCAUACCCGGCGAUGUGGCCUGGCGUUUAUAUGACACUUAUGGUUUUCCUGUGGAUCUUACCCAGCUAAUGGCCGAGGAGAAGUCUCUGCAGAUCGAUAUGGCUGGCUACGAUGCGGCCAAGCAUAAUUCCUAUAUACUUUCGCAAGGCAAAGGUGCCAGCAAGAUCGAUGAGAUCAAUCUGGAUGUGCACGCCAUAUCGGAGCUGCAGGACAAGGGCGUUCCACCCACCAACGAUUCCUUUAAAUACAUAUACGAAGCGGAGUCCAAUGAACGCGACUCCGCCUACAAAUUUAGCGAUUGCACCAGCAAAAUCGUCGCAUUGCGAUAUGAGAACAAAUUCGUGCAGGAGAUUACCAGCGGACAGAAGGCGGGCAUUGUGCUGGACAAGACGAAUUUCUAUGCGGAGAGCGGUGGCCAGAUCUUCGAUCAGGGUGCACUGGUCAAGCUGAACGAUGAGGCCAAUGAAUUUCUUGUGGAUCGCGUUUACAAUCGCGGCGGCUACAUACUCCACAUUGGCGUCGUCGAGGGCACCCUGGCCGUGGGCGAUGAAGUGCAGCUGCAUAUCGAUGUUGAGCGCCGUUGGCUAACCAUGAAGAAUCACUCAGCUACACAUGCUCUCAAUCACUGUCUGCUGCAGGUGCUGGGCAAGGAUACGGAGCAGAAGGGUUCGCUUGUGGUGCCCGAGAAACUGCGAUUUGAUUUCAACAGCAAAGCAGCCAUGACCAUUGAGCAAGUGGCCAAGACGGAGCAGCUGACCCGCGAUAUGGUUUACAAGGAGAUGCCCAUCUAUGCCAAGGAAUCCCAGCUGGCCUUGGCCAAGCGUAUACGCGGCUUACGCUCUGUCUUCGAUGAAGUCUAUCCGGAUCCGGUGCGUGUGAUAUCCUUUGGCGUACCCGUCGAUCAGCUCGAAUCCCAGCCAGACUCCGAGGCAGGUGAACAAACCUCUGUGGAAUUCUGCGGCGGCACACAUCUGCGUAACUCUGGCCACAUCAUGGACUUUGUCAUCAGCAGCGAGGAGGCCAUAGCCAAGGGCAUUCGACGCAUCGUUGCGCUGACUGGACCCGAGGCAUUGAAAGCUCUCAAGAAAUCCGAAGGAUUUGAGAAGGAGAUCAGCACGUUAAAGGCCACCAUUGAGGCGGAUAAAACUGGCAAAGACUCCAAGCUGUACGUGAAGCAAAUUGUGGAGCUAACCGAACAAAUCUCGCAUGCAACCAUACCCUAUGUAAAGAAGGAUGAGAUGCGCAAUCUGCUUAAAUCUCUGAAGAAGACGCUCGAUGAUAAGGAGCGUGCCCUGCGCGCCGCCGUCUCCGUCACGGUUGUGGAACAGGCCAAGGCUUUGUGUGAAGCGAAUCCCAAAGCAAAUGUCUUGGUCCAGCAAUUGGAAGCAUAUAACAAUACCAAGGCGCUGGACGCUGCCCUCAAGCAGGUGCGUUCCCAAUUGCCCGAUGCUGCCGCCAUGUUCGUAUCGGUUGAUGCCGACUCCAAGAAGAUCUUUUGCCUCUGCUCGGUGCCCAAGAGCGCCGUCGAGAAGGGCUUGAAGGCCAAUGAGUGGGUGCAGCAUGUGUCGCCUGUGCUCGGGGGCAAAGGCGGCGGCAAACCCGAAUCCGCUCAAGCUUCGGGCAGCAAUUUCGAACGCGUCGACGAGAUCGUUCAAUUGGCCAGCAAAUUUGCCCAGGCCAAGCUUAACUAAAUUGCUUCUCAUACAAUUUGCAUACUCAAAAGGCUUUUUCACCACAAAGAACUAAAAUAUACAAAUAUUUUAGACUGUUCCAAACAGUCG